AUGGAAAUUCCCGAACAUCGCAAGAAGAUGGUUAAUAGGAUGGGUCCUAAUAAGAGAAGAGUAGCAGAUGAGUAUAUGGCUGGUGUUUUCGAGUUCGCGCAAUUUGCUUGUGCACAAGAAAAAUUCAAAAAAGAAGGAAAGUUGAGAUGCCCGUGUAAAAUAUGUAAGUGUAAGAAACAUCAGUUCGUUGGCGAUAUCACGGGACACCUUUGUAUGAAGGGAUUUAUGGAUGAUUACUAUUAUUGGACUAACCAUGGUGAAAAAAGGCCUCCAAUUCCGUCAGUGGUUUCAAACAACUAUUACAAAUGUAGUGGGGUUCGGGAAGACUUCAAUGACUUUGAGCAAAUGGUAAUGGAUGCAGUCGGACCAUCUCUUGGUACAUAUAUUGAGCAACAAAUAGAUGACUGUGGAGACCAAAUUAGGGAAGAUCCUAACCCAAAAGCCAGAAUCUUUUUUGAUAUGUUGAAAGCUGCACAAGCUCCCUUGUAUAAUGGUUGUGAAAAUUAUUCUGAACUUUCUGCUGCAAUACAAGCUUUAAGUAUCAAGUCAGACUUCAAUAUCUCUAAGAUUUGCUUUAAUCAAUGGAUGUAUUUUAUGGGAAAGGCGUUGCCAAAUGAAAAUCGAAUGCUUGACAACUUCUAUCGUGCAAAGAAAUCAGUGGAAAAGCUUGGAUUGGGUUGCAUAAAGAUUCAUUGUUGCCUACAUGGAUGUAUGAUAUAUUACUUUCCUGUUGAUAAAAAUCUUCGUAGUUAUAAAAUUUAUGGUGAAGAUCGUUACAAAAGCGUCAUUAGAAAUGGUAAGGUUAGAGAAGUUCCUUUAAAAAAUAUGUGGUAUUUCCCUCUUAUCCCAAGGCUUCAAAGACUUUAUUCGUCAAUGCAAACUGCAAGCCAAAUGAGGUGGCAUCGUGAGAAUAUAAGAGAUCCAAGCUAUUUAUCGCAUCCAUCUGAUGGAUAG